CGAGGCGGAUCGGCUCCCACACCACCCCACGAUAUCCGCAUCGGCUCAAGACCAUCUUGACAAUCUACAGCAUCUCGACGAACAUCUAUCGCCAACUCGGACCAACCAGAGGCGACAGUGUAGUGGGAUGAUCGCACCAGUCACCAUUCACUGAGUGAGGAGGCGCAACCGGAGCGCAGGCUCCUGCUUCGGCCUCUUCACCCCUCCCUUCCCUCACAUCGACAUCGACAUCCACAGCAGCUGCGCUUCAAGCGACGCGCCACCAUGUCGUACUCGAUGUCUCCCCCGCCGCAGAAGCCGGCGCCGCGGCCUUAUUCUCCAUACCAGACCUCUGCAGCUUCACCCGCCAGCCCCACACCAUACGGCGGCCCUCCACCAGCGAAGCGGCAGCGAACGUCUCCAGACCCUCACUCGCCCCCGAACGGUGCGUCAAGCUGGCCGCAGCAGCCACAUGGUCUACCAACGUACGGCGCAUACGGCAACCCUUAUGCACCCAACCCGCCUGCGCAUCCGGCUGUCCAGUCACCUUAUGCUGGUAAUUCGCCAUACACGCAGAGUCCGCAACAAAGCUCUUUCAACACGCCCCAGCCGUAUCCGUACCAGCAGUCCUCUUGGCAAACCCCGACUCCCGCACCAGCACCUCAACCGCGACAGGCAAAAGCGCCCUCGCAGUCGUCCAGAGACAUGCCUCCGCCGCCCCCACCGAAUCGAGACGAUCGCGAAGAGAAGGUCGGCGUGGACGAUAUCGGCGACAGUUUGUUUGGAAGCGGGAUCAAUCUGAAAGAUGAGGAGAACUACCUGCACGCAAUGUACAACAAUCGUCACAACCAAGCAAGCCAGAGCUUCAGUUCAAAUCAAAACUCGAGCUUCGCGAGCAGCACCAUGACUCCGGGCAACAGCUUUCACAUGCUCACGCAGGGCACUUCUUUCGGGAGUCAGGAUGCUGCGGCGGGUACAUUGGGCGCGACGAAGACGGAGGAAGAGAUUGAGCUUGAGCAACGGAGGAAGCGAGAGGCGGCAGCGAGGGCACAGGCGGAGCGACGACAACAUCAUCUGAACAACCAGUUUCUGCAGGGUAAUAACGUGCGCAAACGGUUGGAUACACUUGCGAGAAACCAGGGCGUGACGCUCAACCUGGCCGGUUUGUUCGUCAGGCAGCCCGAUCCGGAACCUCGGACGAGUGUGAUGGUGAAUGGAGCGGGCAAGGAGGGAAUAGCUGCGGUUCAGGAAGAGACGAAAAGGCCGGAGAGCGUGGUGAACCAGAACACUGCAAUUGAGCAUAUCCUAAGCCUGCUCUCGUUGGCCGCGGGAGAGCGGAUCAGAGGCUUGCUCGACGAGGCGUAUACCCUGGCGAGAGCGAGGAGGUACGGGGACCAUGGACGAGUGGUGCCGCCGGAGUUUGCGGACAUUGCAGAAGGCGAAGGCAAGCGCAGGGAAGAGAAUGUGGUGCCGGAAAACAUCACCGGUUCGCAGUGGGACAAGCUCCCCGAGCAGGACACCGAGAUGACGGACGUGGCCGGCGAAUCGUCGACUCCGCAACCACAACCCACCAUAUCCUUUCAGGGCCUGCUGAACGCCCAGUUGCGCACUCUAUCGAAACGCGAUCGCGAAGCCGAGGCAGACCGCAUCAAGAAACGCGAGGCACGCAAACGCAAAGCAUCGGAAAUGACCGACUCCGCCGACUUCCUCCCCACCGACUCCGCCGCCCCCGAAAACGCCGCUGCGGCGGUGUUGUCUCAGCCUAAAGUGACGAAGAAGGAGCAAAUCCGGCAGCAAAAGGAAAAGAACUCCAACGAAGCGCAGCUACACCACACCACCAACCAGACCGUCGCGCUGGCUCUCGGCAAGAAAGGGCGGAAGUACGACUGGAUGACGGGGGGUGCAUCGGCCGUGCCGACCAACCGCUUUGCGAAACCUACCGUUUCCGCCGGUGCCAGUGGCACGGCCACGCCGAUCAAGGCGGAGAGCAGUUCGGCUGCUGCCACCCCUGGCGGUGGCGCGCCGGCUAUGGCGAGGACGGGCAGUGCGAAUGCGAACGAGGCCAAGAUGCCGGAGUGGGGCGACUGGCGAGAGACGGGCAAGGGGAUUGAGAUGCGGGACUGGGCGUUGGUGCUGGAGAGGGAUGGGAGAGAGAAGGCGGCGCUGGUCAAGGCGUGGCAUAAGCUUGGGAAGUGAGAGGGGAGAGGAGAGCAGCAAGGCGGCGGCCGGUCUCAUUGGACGCGUGCUCGCUACCUAUACAUUUUCGGUGCAUAGCGUGGGAGGGCUUGGUUGUGGUAUUCGGAAGCGAUGGCGUUUGUGGUUUGGGUUGGUCUAGGGCGACGGUCGAAGCAGGAGUGUAUCAGAUACGCGAGGCCUCAUUGCUUUACUACAACAACCGCAAGGGCCCAGGGGAGAAGAAACAAUUGCUUUCUUGUACGCCUGUUACAAAGAAGACUUCAACCAUUCGACUUGCAUCCCUCUCGUUUCAUUUGCAGCGGCUGUUGGCUGAUUGCAUCUCACAGCCGUGUCACAUCUUCAC